GGGGACAGAGUGAGGCAGCUACACCGUGAAACCGAUAGUGUGUGCUAGGUGUGUUUGUCUGAGUAGACAGUGCCGUGCUUUUAGACACAGCGGACACGCUUUCAUUCAGCGGAACGUUCUCUCUGGACUUACAGGGUACAGCAGGCUCUCCCCCCGCUGCUGCAGACACUGCUCCCGCUGCUGCUCCACCUGCAGCAGUCCAUGUGAAGCUCUGCAGCUGCUGCCUCUGUGUGGAGGGAUGGCGCUCUCAUUUCUUCUCUCCUGCUCUGCCAUCUUGCCCCUUCUCAGAGUGUCUGCCUAUAAUACCUCUGCCGGUUGUGCUAUAAUUCGUCCUCCCAAAGAUGGAGGGAUUCGCUACAGAGGGCUGACACAAGAGCAGAUCCGCAGUGUGCAGGUGCUCCCGGUAGACUAUGAGAUAGAGUACAUCUGCCGGGGCAACAGGGUGAUUGUGGGACCAAAGGUCAGGAAGUGUUUGCCCAACGGCACCUGGACCGACCUGAGCCAGCGCAGCAGAUGCUUGCUGCUGUGUCCUCGGGUGUGGACAUCAUUGGAGAAUGGCCGGGUGUCCUUUUGGCCCCCCGGACCCCCGGUGGAGGGGACAGUGCUGCACUACAGCUGCCUGCCGUCCUUCAUCCUCAUGGGCAGAAACUCAACGCAGUGCAACAAGAUGGGCAAAUGGGACACCCCCAAACCUGUGUGUCACUAUGACCGGCACUACAAAGGCAAGAAGAAGCUCUACAUUGGAGCCCUCUUCCCCAUGAGCGGGGGCUGGCCGGGGGGACAAGCCUGCCUUCCCGCCGCUCAGAUGGCUCUGGACCUGGUGAACAGCAGGACCGACAUACUGCCCGACUACGAGCUGGAGCUGAUACACUACGACAGCAUGUGUGAUCCAGGUGAGGCCACCAAGCUGCUCUAUGACCUUCUGUACACGGAGCCCAUUAAAAUCGUGCUGAUGCCAGGCUGCAGCUCCGUGUCCACGCUGGUGGCUGAAGCUGCCCGCAUGUGGAACCUCAUAGUGUUGUCGUACGGCUCCAGCUCUCCGGCUCUGUCUAACCGCCAGCGCUUCCCCACCUUCUUUCGCACCCAUCCGUCUGCCACGCUGCACAACCCCACCCGAGUGCAGCUCUUCCAGAAGUGGAAGUGGACCAAGAUAGCCACCAUUCAGCAAACCACAGAAGUCUUCACAUCAACUCUGGACGACCUGGAGGAGAGGGUGAAGGAGGCCGGGAUUGAAAUCAGCGUUCGUCAGAGCUUCCUCUCCGAUCCUGCUGUGGCUGUCAAAAACCUCAAGCGCCAAGAUGCCAGGAUUAUUGUCGGCCUGUUCUAUGAGACGGAGGCCAGGAAAGUCUUCUGUGAGGUGUACAAGGAGAAGCUGUAUGGGAAGAAGUACGUGUGGUUCCUCAUCGGCUGGUAUGCAGACAACUGGUUUAAGAUCAAGGACCCGUCCAUCAACUGCACCGUGGAGCAGAUGACGGAGGCUGUGGAGGGUCAUGUGACCACUGAGAUCGUCAUGCUCAACCCAGAGACGGUGCGAGGAGCCUCCAACCUGACCUCUCAGGAUUUCAUAGCCCAGCUGAUGUCCAAACUGGGGGGAAAAAACCCAGAGGAGACGGGAGGUUUCCAGGAGGCCCCCCUGGCCUACGAUGCUGUGUGGGCAUUAGCCCUGGCCCUCAACAAGACCGUGGGACCCCUGAAGGCAAAGGGUCACCGACUGGAAGAUUUCAACUACAACAACCGAGACAUCACGGCUGAGAUCUACCGAGCCAUGAACACCAGCUCCUUCGAAGGAGUUUCAGGUCAUGUUGUAUUUGACGCUCAAGGGUCUCGAAUGGCCUGGACUCUGAUUGAACAGCUUCAAGGAGGGAGCUAUAAGAAGAUCGGAUACUACGACAGCACCAAAGGCAAUCUGUCCUGGUAUGGGAACGACAAGUGGAUAGGCCCAGGCCCCCCUGCAGACCAGACGGUGGUCAUCGAGGAGUUCCGCUACCUGUCCCAGAACAUCUUCGUGUCUGUGUCUGUCUUCGCUGGGUUAGGAAUCCUGCUGGGAAUCGUCUGCCUCACCUUCAACAUCUACAACAGCAAUGUCAGGUACAUUCAGAACUCUCAGCCCUACCUGAACAACAUGACUGCAGUGGGCUGCAUGAUGGCCCUGGCUGCUGUCUUCCCUCUGGGCCUCGACGGCCUUCACGUCAGCAGGAGACACUUCCCCGCCGUCUGCCAGUUCCGCCUCUGGCUCCUGGGUCUGGGUUUCAGCCUGGCGUACGGUAGCAUGUUCACCAAGAUCUGGUGGGUGCACACCGUCUUCACCAAGAAGGAGGAGAAGAAGGACAAGAGGAAGCACCUGGAGCCGUGGAAGCUCUACGCUACUGUCGGCGUCCUGCUCUCCAUCGACAUCCUGUUGUUGAUGAUCUGGCAGAUCGUUGAUCCCCUACAUAUCACAGUGGAGAAAUUCACCAGAGAAGCCCCUAAAGGAGACCUGGAUGUCCUGAUCCAGCCUCUGCUGGAGCACUGCAGCUCGGAGAAGAUGAACACCUGGCUGGGCGUGGUGUAUGGUUACAAAGGCCUGCUGCUGCUGCUCGGCAUUUUCCUGGCCUACGAGACCAAGUCCAUCUCCACCGAGAAGAUCAACGACCACCGAGCGGUGGGCAUGGCCAUCUACAAUGUUGCUGUGCUGUGUAUGAUAACAGCUCCAGUCACCAUGAUCCUGUCCUCUCAGCAGGACGCCUCCUUCGCCUUCGCCUCCUUGGCCAUCGUGUUUUCAGUCUACAUCACGCUGGUGGUCCUGUUUGUCCCCAAGAUGCGGCGUCUGAUCACGCGGGGCGAGUGGCAGUCAGACGGUCAGGAGGCCAUUAAGACCGGCUCGUCUACCAACAACAAUGACGAGGAGAAGUCCAGACAGCUGGAGAGAGAGAACAAGGAGCUCCAGAAGAUCAUCCAGGAGAAAGAAGAGCGUGUGUCUGAGCUGAGGAACCAGCUGACUGAGAGACAGGCCCUGCGCUCCAGGAGAAGAGCUUCCACUGUCACCAAUCAGAACCACAGCUCUCCAGCCCUCGCCAUCCACCAGAGCGACCCCAGGUCCCUGGCCCCUCCUCCAGGCUACCCCGUCCCCAUCUCUGACCUCCAUGCCAUCCCUUCGUCCUUCGGCAACUCGUCCAGCCUCUACCAGCCAGACAGCAAAAUCAGCCGAAAUAACUGCCACACCAGCCGGCUGCAGCUGCUGUACAAGUGAAGGGGGGUGAACAUUGGAGGGAUGAGGACAGUAAUGACAUUCAUAGUAACAUGGAGAUGGAGAAAAUGGUUCACGAAGAACACUAAAAAAAUCAGUAUCUGUUGGAUGGGCUGAAUUCCUUCCAACAAUCAGCCGAGGCCGAAGGAUCACCACUUUUCAAGAUGAUCGAUAUUUAAUUAUUUUUUUUCUCUCAGAAAAGAAAAAUGUACAUACCAUCUUUUGAAUCUAUUCUGCCCGUGAUGUAUAAUGUGCCAUCUAGAGUUUUAAAACGUUUGGAAUUGAAGUUUGUGAAGCCCUGGAUCCCUUGAAUACAGUCGCUAACCUGUCAAACUUUCCAUUGGAAGACCACACAUGAAGAAGUUUAAAAGGAUGACAGACUUAGCAAUCCGAAUUUCUGUAUUUAUUUAAAAAGUAGAAUUACAUUAAAUUAUAAAAAGAUCUCAACUGCCGGAUGGAUUUACUUUUUUAUGAUGCUAAUCAGAUCCAUUCUUUUGUUGAAAUUGAAAAAUGACUCUUAAAAUAAGGACACUUUAGUAUUGACAUGAUGGAUGCAUGCAUGAUAUUGAAUCUGAGACUAAAGCUACAUAUUCCUGGAAAAAUGUGAGUUGAUGUAGAACACAUGGUAAUGAAGAGCAGAAUUGUUCUUGAAGUUAGCUAGUUAGCCCGGUCUGUAAGAGUGUGAUAAAGAAACCGUAACAUCAUUAUUUAAUAUUUCAAAAAAAAAAAAAAUGUUUUUAAAUGUUUUACUUUUACAAACAUAAGAGGCUUUGACGAUGAAAACAACAAAUGACUUUGGCAAACUUAGAUUGAGAAUAAGGCUGAAGUGUAAACCUCUUCAAAUCAAUGGUAGCUGCUAAGAUUAGCAUAAACUAUAGUUGCAUCUUACAAACAGGAAGUGCCAAAACAGAACAGGACUUUUAAUAUUAACUGUUUACCCUCAAAACAAUGAUGCUAACAAAUCACUAUUGACCUUGGAUUUUAUGCUAGGUUACAUCUGUAUGCAGUAAGCUAGUUAGCCAAACAAUGCACUUUGCAAACAUGAUGCUAGCUGUGUUACUUACAGUGUCUUUAUUUUUGCCAUAUGUACAGUGUGUUUCUCGUUCCUGGUUUUUAUAGGGUGAUUUUUGUUACUUUUAUGUACAGUACAUUUCUCCCAUGUUUUGUAUUUGUUUUCAUUAUGAAUCAGAUUUACUCUCUGUGAACGAUAAAGCUUAUUGCUAAGAUGCUACAUAAACAUUUGUUUAUUGGGCUCUAUUAAAGAGAUCGAAGUGUGAAGUGUUUUGAAUUGGUGUUUUAUGAGGUACUUAACCAAAGUCAGGGUAUACACUAGAUGGCAGUUGGCACACCCCCAGAGGUAGACAGGAGUACUGGGACAGCAGCAAAGCAAAGUAGCCUACUGCUGUGGAUGGGGGGCACAGACAUAUUACAGCCACAAAAAAAUCUAUACCUUAAAAACAAUAUGACUUUGACCUUGCCACAAGAAAACCAAACUCCAUUGGCAAAAAAUGCAUCUACUGUUUAUUUAUUUUAUUGUUUGUUGUCUGCAAGGUUUAGAGUUGAAACUAUUCUGAAUAUAGAGUUCAUCUAAACCGAUAUGGAUAUUUUCUGCGUGGGCCCUAUUUGGUUAGUUCACUGAUGCCCCCUACCACAGCAGUAGCUUGGUUAGCUGCUAAUCCCCCGUCUGGUUUAUCAAAGAUGCUGUAGGUUACUCACUGGAUAUUGAUAAGUACCUCAUACAACAACCCUCACAUCCAAACUAUUCCUUUAAAAUGGAUAUUUAUAUACCAAGUGUUUAGGAGGGUUGUGUCUUUUUAACCCCCAUUCCAAAAAACAAAAGAGUAGCAGUUGAAUACACUGUGUGUGUGUG